ACCAGUGUAUAGUAAAAUUACAUGAAACAAGAAAUCAGCAACUAUUAUCCAUCGCAAAAGCGCCAGUAUUUUAGUCGUAAUCGAACAAUAGUGGCGGCUUGUAAAUAUCUAAAUGUAACCAAAAGCUAAGCACGAAAUUGUACAGGACUUUGCACUAAUUAAAUGGUUUUAUUGGUUUAAGACUGACUCAGAUUGUUAAAAAGUUUCACAAACAACAAUUUCAACAUUCCGAAUUGCUUAAUAAUAAAAUACGUGGAAAAAAUUCUACAGUUUAAACCACAGCAAAGUCUGCCCUUAUUAUCCUUGGUGGACGCCAGAAAAGAGUAGGAAAAAAUACGAAAACAAGGGAAAAUACUGCUGGAUAUACUAGGGUUACUUAGAUCGAGCCGUCUGAAUAAGAAUUGGCUUAAAUUCAAAUAGGACAUAUUUAUUUAUAGUUUCUUUAUAAGUUGAUUUAUGCUCAUUGUGUGACCAUGAAAAAAUAUUCGAUUGCAAUAGCUCCGUUGCUAUCGAUUGUGUCCUGAACCCCCUGUAAAUGCCAAAGUUUACGCGCAUCUUGUCAAUACGUCGUAGAUAAUCAAUGAUAGACAAAAAAAAUUAUUAGAAAAAUUUAAUAGUUAAGGUGCCGAAAAUGUCGUCGUCAUCAUCAGCUGCUGCUACGGUCUCCGCCGAAGUAGCAGCCAACUGUGGACUUGGCAAGCAACAGCGUCGUCGCCUGGCCGCUUUUGAUUUUGACCAUACAAUUGUGUCGCAAAAUACGGACACUGUGGUGAGGGAUCUGCUGCCCACCGAGCUAAUUACAUCGAAUGCACUCAACAGGCUGGAAAAUGAUAGCUGGACCGAGUACAUGGCUGAGGUUUUUCGUAUGUUACAUGCGCAACAAGUCACUGAGGCGCGCAUAAGGGACACUAUACGUGGCAUACCGGAGGUGCCAGGGUUUGUGCGUCUAAUCAAGCAUCUGCACAAGAAGCUCAAUUUUGAUUUGAUCAUCAUAAGCGACUCCAAUAGCGUUUUUAUUGAUGAAUGGGUACGUGCCCAUAAUUUGUCCGAUUGUUUCCAGGCCAUCUUCACCAAUCCAGCUGAAUUUGAUGAGAAUGGUCUGUUGCUAGUGCGUCCGCAUCAUCAGCAGACAGACUGCAAGUUGAGCGCCAGCAAUUUGUGCAAGGGCCGCGUUCUGGAGCAUUUUGUAAUCGAGCAGGAUUUGCGCCACAACAUACGCUAUGAUCAUGUCUUUUAUGUGGGCGAUGGCAACAAUGAUAUUUGUCCCGUUCUGCGCCAGCGUGCCUGCGACUUUGCUUGCGCACGCCAAGGCUUUGCCAUGGAGAAGCAUUUGAUUAAAAAUCGCAACAAAUUGAAGUUGCGUGCCAAUUUGUUAAUUUGGCGCAACGGUUUCGAAUUGCUGGAACAAAUGAGCGCCUUGCCACAGCUCCAGCUGCAGCAACAGCUCAAAUUGUCAAUGCCAACCGUCCCAGGAGGCGCGACUGUUGAGUCUCAGUCGCAAUCAUUGGCCUUGAAUAACGCCGAUUGCAAGGCUGAAAUGGCUCGUCGUGCAUCUGCCGCAGCUGGUCCCACACAGUCGCCGCAAUAAACCAACACUUUUUGCAGAUUGUUGACUUAUCUGUGCAUAUCACUAUGCAUUUGCACAAUAUGCAACAACAAAUCAUUUUUUGGCAUUUUCUUUGCAAGGGUCGCUCGCCAUUGAAGGGCGUGUAAGUCGAGGCCUUGAUUAUGAACAAAAUAUGUUCAAUAAUUACUUGUUUGGAUCAUGGAUAACGAAUAUAUCCAUUAAUUUGUACAACACACACUCAUACUUCCACACUCUUUCAAAGACGUAUGGUGAUGCUGUUAAUACUUACAGAAUAAUUUAUAUGCAUAUAUAUAUACAUAUGUAUCUGUUUUGCAUAUUUUAUGCUCGCAGCUGUUGC